AUGGCGACAGCUCGCAAUAGCCACCUCAAUGGUGCCGCGGAUGGCACUGAAAAUCACAUGCCCGUCAGCAAGCGAUUCUCCGAUAUCCCCAGAGAAAUCGAUAUUCCCGUACAAGGCGAUCAAGAAGACGAAGCAGUCGAACUGAACCUCGAAGACCUAGUCGACGACCCCGCGGAGCUAUGCACUCUCUUCGAGAACGAGCGCGUUGCGCGAACAUACUGGAUGACAGUCGCGAUUGCCUAUGCCAAGCAGAAUUCGAUUGACCAUGCCAUUGAGAUGUUGAUUCGCGGCGGCAACGCGAUGCAGAACAACAACCCGAAAGAGAAGCUCAGCAUGGUGACGUGUCUUUGCUGGAUGUAUUUAUGGAAGAGUCGGGAGGCACCACGUGUUGCUCCGGAAGGAGUCCUGGUGUCUGAGGCCAAGACAAAAGAAUUCUACUUGAACCAAGCUACCCAGUCUCUUAACGAGGCGCUGCGAAUCAACCCAGCAUUCCCUCCUCUAUUCCUGGCCCGCGGCGUUAUAUACCUCCUGAAAGCCUCCCUCGUAUCACCUUCCAAGGCGCCUGGGCCCACUGCUAUCGACCCAGAGAAAGCCGACCUUCUGCGUAAUGCGUUGAGGGCUUUUGAGGAUGCAAUCCGGGUUUCGCACAACAAAAACGUGCUGGCACUCAUGGGCAAAGCUAGGACUCUCUUCUCGCUGACCAAGUAUGCCGAGGCUUUGAGCCUGUAUCAGGAAGUCUUGAGGAAGAUGCCCGAUAUGGUAGAUCCUGACCCUCGCAUCGGCAUAGGUUGCUGCUUCUGGCAACUGGGCUUCAAGGACGAUGCCAAGUCCGCUUGGGAACGGUGCUUGGAGAUCAACCCGGAGUCGAAGAUUGCCAACAUAUUGCUGGGGCUUUACCAUCUUGACUCUAGCGCCAAGGUCCCUACGAACAGCCCAGAGUUUAUUCGGCUUUACAAGACCGCAAUGACCGAGUUCACACAGAAGUCUUUCAAGAUGGACAAGAACCAACCGCUGACCUGUGCCACAUUUGCCGGAUACUUUCUUUCCAGGAAGCAGCUUGCCAACGUGGAAUCUUUGGCCCAUAAAGCCCUUCAGUUUACCGACGUCAACAACAUCGCCAGUGACAGUUGGUACCUCCUCGCGCGCAAGGAACACAUCAGCGGCAACAUAGAUACGGCCACGACUUACUACCGGCGUGCCGAUGAAGCCAGAGGCGGCCUAGAGAGAGGUUACUUGCCAGCCAAAUUUGGCGUAGCCCAACUAUCGGUGUUGAACAAUGAUCUUGGCGAAGCCAAGCUGCGUUUGGAGAAAAUGAUCCAGCAGUCCAAGAGCACCGAGGCUAUGGCUCUGUUGGGCACACUGUAUGCCGAAGAGGUAUUUGCGAACCAGUAUGCAGCGGUCAAGGAGGACAAAUCGGCAGAGACGACCAAGGCAAUCCAGUACCUUGAAACUGUCCGCGGAGCAUGGAAGGACCCGAAGAGGAACCAGUUGCCUGACGCUUCCGUGUUGCUUAAUCUCGCUCGCCUCUACGAGAACGACCACCCAGACAAGGCGCUUCAUUGCUUGCAGCAGGUUGAGCAACUGGAGCUGGACCAGGUUCCUGCUUCUGAGCGUCCGACUGACGUCACAGAUGAGACAGUGAUACGCAAAGCCUUGCGAAAGUUUCUUCCACCUCAGUUGUUGAACAACAUCGGUUGUUUCUAUGCCCAGGCCGAGAAGCAUGAAGCGGCGAGCGAAAUGUUCGAAGCUGCCCUAAGCGCCUGCGUGAGGAUUGGCGAGAAAGAUGAGGAUAUGGAUACCGACGCUUUGAUCACCACAAUCAGCUUCAAUCUUGGCAGAAGCUACGAAUCGCAAGGGCAAACGGAAAAUGCCAUCGAGGUCUACGAAAAGCUGGUGGCGCGUCAUGAUGACUACACUGAUGCGCAGGCCCGACUUGCUUACAUUAAGCUGCGGAGGAACCCAAACAAGGAAGGCCCAGAUGCUGUGGCAAAGCUCUAUCAAGCAACGCCAUCUGAUCUUGAAGUCCGUGCCUUGUACGGGUGGUACUUGGGCAGAGUUCAUUCUAGAAAGCGACCUGCCAAUGUCAACGAGGACCCUGAGCUGCGCCAUUACAAACACACACUUCAGAACUACGACAAGCACGACCGAUAUGCUCUGGUUGGUAUGGGCAACUUGUACAUGAUGGCUGGUCGAGAAAUGCGCAGGGAAACCGACCAGGAAAAACAGAAACGGUCUGCUAUGUACAGUCGUGCUGUAGAAUUCUUCGAUAAGGCGCUACAACUGGAUCCGAAGAAUGCCUACGCGGCACAAGGAAUCGCGAUAGCGCUCGUCGAGGACAAGAAAGACCUGAAGACCGCUUUGCCAAUCUUCUUGAAGGUCCGUGAGACGAUCAAAGACGCUUAUGUUUAUGUCAAUCUGGGCCAUAUCUAUGCUGAGCUGCGGCAGUACUCGAAGGCUAUUGAGAGCUACGAGCAGGCUUUGUCGAAAGAAGGCAAGGCCAAUGAUACGGGCAUUCUGGCUUGCCUCGGUCGCACUUGGCUCAACAAGGCCAAGUCGAAUCGAGACCUAGAUGGCUACAAAACCGCGCUGGACUUUGCAAAGAAGGCCUUAGAAGUUGCUCCGGAUCAGGUUCAUUUCAAGUUCAAUAUUGCAUUUGUUCAAAUUCAACAAGUACAACACAUCAUGAAUGUACCCGAUGCGCAGCGCACCUUAUUGCAGCUUGAAGAUGCCUCAGAAGGACUUGAGGCGGCCAUUGAGGCUCUUGACCAGAUUGCCGCUUCUCCUCAGCCGCCCUAUCCCAAGUCAGAUCUCGAGCAGCGUGCAUCUAUGGCUCGAAACACGCAACGAAAGCAACUUGCCAGACAAAUAGAAAGCCAGAAAGAAUAUGAGGAGAGGAACAAGGAGAAGCUGGCGGCAGCCUUGGAACAGCGGCAAGCUGAGCUCAAGCGCCGCGAAGAGGAACGACAGAAGGCUUUGGCAGCGGAACGCGAGAGGCAGGAGAAGAUCCGUAAGGAACGCGAGGCAAUUGCGGCACGAGACCUGGAACUGGCGAAACAACGGACCGAGGAGGAAAAGACGCGCCAGGCAGCAGAAUUCACCACAGAUAGCGAGACGGGCGAGAAAAUCAAGCGGAAGCGGAAGUCUAAGCCAAGCGGCGAGGGCAAGUCCAAGGGCCGUUCGCGGAAGAAGAAGACCGAGGGAGAUGAUUCGGAGUCUGAGGAGGAACGGCAGCCUAAAAAGAAGCGGCGUCUGGCGGCCAAGAAGGAGAACACGACGAAAUACAAAUCUGCCGAGGUCGUGGUCGACAGCGACUCAGACGACGACGCUCUUGAGCGUGCUGGCGGGGCUAUCAGCAAUGACUCGCAUGUCUCGGACGCGCAGGACAAGUCGAAAGCAGGCAGCGACGAUGGUAAAAUGGAUGUUGACAGUCACGCCAAUGGUGCAGAAGACGACGAUGAAGACGAGGAGACAGCGACCAGCCGUCGGCGCCGGCGCGGCAGAGUGUUGGACGAUAGUGACGAGGAUGAGAACUCAGGUGCUGUUGCUCCGGAAGCCAAUGGUCGCUCGGAUGGCGAGCCUGCUGCGGACACUAGUAUGGCUGACGCAGGGGUUGAUGAAGAUGAUGAGUGA